UACUAAUAAGCUAGAAUGACAGGGAACUGUAAUCUGGUCACUCUUCUUGGGGAAUUGUUGGUACUAACCAUCUUCCAUAAUCAGGUUAUUGUUGCUACCAACCGCGGCGAGGGUAUUCCGCCGGUAGGACUGUUCACUUUCGGAGACUCCUACUUUGACGCUGGAAACAAAUUGUUUCUCACCGAAAACCAAAAUCCUCCCCAAAGCAAAUGGCCGUAUGGAAAAUCCCGAGAUGACCCUAAUGCUGAAUUCAUGGGCAUUACGAAAGAGAUCCCACCAGCGUUUAAACCUGGCGUUGAUAUUUCACGUGGAGCCAGUUUUGCCGUCGCCGAUGCUUCUAUUCUUCCCGGAACAUUCAUGACACUAACUCAGCAAGUGGAUAAAUUUAGAAGUAUGAAAUCAAACUGGACGGACGAUUUCAUUGGAAAGUCACUGUUUAUGAUUUACAUUGGUACAGAAGUUUACUUCAACUUUACCAAGAGCAAACCCAAUGCAGACGCCUCUGCUCAGCAAGCUUUUGUCCUCUCCACUAUUAAUCAAUUGAAGAACGACAUCAACUUCCUAUACUCUUUAAAAGCGAUUAAAUUUGCCAAUAUAAGACAGGCAGCGAGUGUCACGAGCCGCUCAACAAUCUGGCCAAACAACACAAUGAGAAGAUUGGUCCAAUGUUGA